AUGAACAAGCGGCCGUGCAAGAAGGCACGACUUUGCUCCACCUCGGGCGAGGAAGAAGCUGACUUGCCACCUGGUGGCUCCCUGUGGGACCUGCUGAGCAGCCUGCCGGACCUGGUGCUGGCCCACCUCCUCAGCUUCUUCCUUCCGCCCUCCCACGGCUUGCGAGUGCUGCCGAACCACAGGCGGCGUCUCUACCACGCGGCCAAGGCCUUCCUCGAGCGCGGCGACGACCCCGCCACUCCCUGCCCAGAGAGCUUCUGGCACGAUGACACGGACCAGUACGGCCACCACACGCUCGCGCCGCGCAUCGACGCCGCGGUGCUGGCCCUGCGCGCCACGUGCCGCGCCCUGCGCGACCGCGUGGACCUGGUGCUGCGCCUUCCGCCGCUGUCGUUCGUGGACCAGCUCCACGCGUGGCUCCGGGAGCAGGUCGGCCCCGCGGCGCCGGCCAUUGGCGACAUCGAAGCCGCGCGGCGGCUGACCCAGCAGGCGAGCGCCCUCACCGGACGAGCCCACGCGCUGCUCCACCAACUGCGAGCGCUCGCCCGACUGACGCGCCCCGAGGAGGAGGGGGAGGAGGCGGGGCAGCAGCCGCGGCUGCGGGUGGUGCACUUGGCCCACAGGAGCGACCUGGUGGGCGGGGUCGGCUGCCAGGCCAUCGACGCCAGCCUCACGCUCUCGCUCCCCGGCCUACCCCACGAGCUGGUGGAGAUUGGUCUUGUGUCGGAGUUGACCUACGAGACCGACCUCACGGUGCUCCUCGCGCUCCACACGCGCUCGACGGAGUGGUGCCGCCGUCUGGGCCUCUCCACCGCCCAGCCGCCGCCGCCGCAGCCGCUCGACGCUUCCGGCCACCACCCGGCAGCAGCGGCGGCCCACGACGCCGACGGCGGCGAACAGUCGACGACGCGCGCGCUGAUCGGGUGGAGCCAGGGCGAAGCGCGGCUGCACACGGCCCUGCUCGCCAAGCUCUGGGCCGCGCUCGGCUUCGCCUGCCGCCCCGUCGGCGGCGACGACCCGAUGACGAUCGAAAAGAACGAUGACGACGACGAGGUGUGGGGCGGGCACGAGGUGGCGGCGGUGCUGCUGGGCUGCCUGGGCUUCAUGAGCCGCGCCGACGUGCUCGACGCGAACCCCUUCAAGGCCGGGGGCGCGGUGGACGAAGACGCCGAAGACGACGAGGCGCGCGAGUUGGCCGACGCAGAGUGCGUGGAGCGGACCACGGCGAGAUUCAACGAACGGCGAUCCGUGGAGCCGCUGCUGAGGGGCUGGAACCAAUUUCUGCGCGGCCACGUGGCGCAGCCAGCGGGGCUGGGGCGACGGCAGGCGCUGGUCGCGUGGGAGCUGGUGGCGCGCACCGUCGAGCGCUACGUUGGCCAGCUGCGCGUGUCGCACAUCGGCCACGCCCUCGAGGUCCUGCAUGGCCUGUCACCAGUCGGCCGCAUCGACCAACCCGUUGCACACAUUCCCCCUCAGGUGUUGGACAGUGUGCGCGUGCUCGGGUGCCAGUCGUUCACCGUGCGGGGUCCGGGUGGUUCGGGCGAAGAGCCGCGGCACACGCACAUCUGCGCGCGCUUCGCCCUCCGGCCGCUGCCAUCGCCGCCCGCCUCGUCGGCCGCCGAUCUCGUGUUGUUCCGGUGCGAGCUGAGCAGCUGCGAAGACGAGAGGGGCGUCGCGGCCCAGUUGCUGCUCAUCACGGCCCAGGCCUGCGCACCCGGCGGCGACAACGCGGUGCAGGUGCUGGUCAAGUGCGUGCCAUUCCUUCCAUACAACCCCCACGGCAACGGCCCCCUUGUUACGGUGGCCACCCAGAAGCUGGUUCAGCGAAGAAGAAGAAAGAAAGCGAAAGCGAAGACGAAGACGACGAAAACGAAAGCGAAAGCGAAGACUUGGACGCGGGGCUAG